GUGGACCGGCGGUGUUCCCACCAGGCUCUGCAGGAAAGGGCGUGAAGCCGCGGGGGGCGGGGCUUGUGCUCAGGUAGGCCCACAGCCAAGAUGGCUGCCGCUUCCCGGACUGGAUGGUGACGUCGCCUGAGACAGGUCUCUGCUGUCAGUGACCCAUCCUGUGCAAAGCAGGGGCACGGAAGAUCAGCAUGGAUUUCUCCAAGUUCCUGGCUGAUGACUUUGAGGUGAAGGCCUGGGUGAAUGGGGCCUUCCGGGCGGUAAAGCAGGAAGCCCCCGGCAAGGUGGAUGCCCACGCGGCCACCCUGGUGAUGAAGCUGCAGCUCUUUAUCCAAGAGGUCAACAAUGCGGUGGAAGAGACCAGCCACCAGGCACUCCAGAGCAUGCCUCGAGUCUUGCGGGAGGUGGAGGCCCUGAAGCAGGAGGCCACUUUCCUGAAGGAGCAAAUGGUCCUGGUGAGGGAGGAUAUUAAGAAGCUGGAGCAGGACACAGCCCAGUCCAUGCAGGUCUUGGUCGAGCUGGAUCACGUGAAGUCGAGGAUGCAGCUGGCGGCUGAGUCGCUCCAGGAAGCGGACAAGUGGAGCACCCUCAGUGCGGACAUCGAGGAGACCUUUAAGACGCAGGAUGUGUCGGUGAUCUCGGCCAAGCUGACCAGCAUGCAGAGCAGCCUGGCCGUGCUGGUGGACACCCCGGACUACUCCGAGAAGUGUGUGCACCUCGAGGCACUCAAGAACCGGCUGGAGGCCCUGGCCAGCCCGCAGAUCGUGGCGGCCUUCAGUGCGCAGUCUGUGGGUCAGGCCAGGCUCUUCGUGAAAGUCUUCAUGGAAAUCGACCGGCUGCCCCAGCUGCUGGCGUAUUACUACAAAUGCCACAAGGUGCAGCUGCUGGGGGUGUGGCAGGAGCUCUGCCAGGCGGACCUCCCCCUGGACCGGCAGUUGACGGAGCUCUAUGACCUGCUGCUGGGCACCUGGCACUCCCAGCUGCAGUGGGCCACCCAGGUUUUCAAGAAUCCCCACCAAGUGGUGUGUGUCCUGCUGAUCCAGGUCCUGGGUGCGCUGGUGCCUUCCAUCCCUGUGUGCCUCAGCACCGCCAUGGAUGGCGCUGGCCCCGACAGGAAACUGGGCUGCCUCCUGGGGCUCCAUGACGCCACCGCCUACUUCGCACGGGGCCUGGAGGCUGCCAUGCUGCCCAGCCUAGGGGAUUGCAACCUGGUGAAGGUGACGGAGCUGGUGGAAGCCGUCUACGGCCCCUACAAGCCCUUCCAGCUGCAGUACGGAGCCCUGGAGGAGGAGAACCUCCUGAUCCAGAUGAGCACGGUCCCUCUGGAGCACGGAGAGGUCAUUGACUGCGUGCAGGAGCUCAGCCACUCGGGGAACAAGCUCUUCGGCCUGGCUCUGGCCGCAGUGGACAACUGCCUCCAGCUGACUGCCGGGCUGGCGGUCGGGGGCCUCCUCCAGGCCCUGAGGGCCCUCUUCAGCAAGUACGCCUCUGACUUCAGCAACGCCCUCCAGUCUGUCCGGAAGAAGUGCCACCUGGACGGCCUCCCUGCGGAUUCGCCCUUCCAGGAAGACUGGGCCUCUUUCCAGAACUCCGUCCGGAUCAUCGCCACCUGUGGGGAGCUCCUGCAGCAGUGUGGAGACUUUGAGCAGCAGCUGGCCAACAGGAUCCUCUCCACGGCAGGGAGGUACCUCCCGGACACGUACAGCCCCUGCAGCCUGAGCGCCUUCCAGGACCCCGGCGCUGCCGAGGAGAAGCCCAGCGCCCCCAGGAACCCCUGGCAGGAGCACAACUACCUGCAGCAAGCCAGCCCCGCCGAAUACGCGGCCCUGCUGGAGACCCUGUACACGCUCAAGGAGAAGGGGACCAGCCACGGCCUGCUGUCCGCCUCCCGCUCGGCCCUGGCCCGCCUCAACCAGCAGGCCCACCAGCUGGCCUUCGACUCGGUCUUCCUCCGCAUCAAGACGCAGCUGCUGCAGGUGGCCAAGAUGGAGGGCUGGAGCGCAAGUGGGACAGGCGAGAUGCUGACGGACGACCUGCCGGACUUCAGCCUCACGCCCCUGGAGUACAUCAGCAACAUCGGCCAGUACAUCAUGGCCCUCCCUCUCCACCUGGAGCCCUUCGUGACGCAGGAGGACUCGGCCUUGGAGCUGGCGCUGCACGCCGGGAAGCUGCCCUUUCCUCCCGAGCAAGGUGAUGAGCUGCCGGAGCUGGACAAUAUGGCGGACUACUGGCUCGGCUCUCUGGCUCGGGCCACCAUGCAGACCUACUGCGAGGCCAUCCUGCAGAUCCCCGAGCUCAGCCCCCACUCCGCCAAGCAGCUGGCCACGGAUAUUGACUACCUGGUCAACGUGAUGGACGCCCUGGGGCUGCAGCCCUCCAAGGCCCUGCAGAGCACCCUGGCCCUCCUGAAGAGCAAGCCCGGGGACUUCAAGCAGGCCGCCAAGAACGCCCCCCGGCGCUUGGCCAGCAGCAUUGCGGCCAUGAGGGGCCUGGACUACUGACUCGUGGCCGGCCGGCUGGCUGGAGAGCAGCAGCAGAAGCACCUGCAGGCACGAGGCUCCCUCUCCUGUGUGCGUGUGGAGCUCCCCAGCACGGCUGCCGCGGUGGCGCCAUCUCUGGCUUCUCCCCCCAGGCGCAAUCUGCUCAGGGCAGCUCUGUGGGGUGCGGGGGGAGAGGAGGGGGCAGGUGGAAUAAAGCGACCCCCCCCGCAGACAGCUGGCCUCUUGUUUUCAGGGUGGCAUCAGUGUGUGUGUGUUGUGGGCAUCUGCGGGGCCAGGACGGUGCCAGGGGCCUGCCUGGAGGGGCAGAAUCCAGGGCUUGGGGCAUAUUUGGGGCAGUGCUUGCUGGUGGAUGUGUGUGUGUAGCCCACGUGCCCUUUCCCACCCCUCUCGAAGACGGGGAGCCUUCCUUGGGGGCCCAGGCCUGGGGGGCCCCCGCCUUCUCUCCAGCCCCCUUGGCCCUCUGCUGCCGCUCCUGAGAGCAGCCAGUGCCGAGGCAGCCGUGGGUGCACCGUGGGGCUGGGACUCUGGGCCGGCCCCUCUUCGGGGAGGGAAGGAGCGGACCUGCACGAACCAGAUCCUGCUCUCCGGAGCCGGUUCCCCGGACGCCUCUCUGCCCGCCCGGCCCCUUGGCUGGCUUGGCUCCUGGGCGCUGCCCUCGGUCCUUGCAGGGCGGGACGCUCUUGCCUCACCCAGGGGCAGGCUGGGCUGCCUCCCCCCCCCGUGCUGUGGGUCCCAGGCCUCCCCCAGUAGCCUCUGCUUACCCCGGGGAGCAGUGGGGCACGGGGAACUCUGUCCCACUCCCCCCCCCCUCCCCAUGCCACGAUCUCAGCCCAACCAGGCCAAGCUGCUUCUCCGGGAGCGCCUCCUUCAAGGCGGUGGGGCCUCUUGCGGCUCUUCUGGGCAACUGGGGCUGGGUCUCUGCCCCAGCCAGGCCGGAGGGCCUCCGUGCUCUGGGGCGCGCAGGGGCCCCGGCCUGAGGAGGGUGGGGGGUGGCCUCCAGCUCCUGGGAAGGGGGGGGGGCGCAAAAGAGGAUGCUUGCUGUAAAGAGCGGUGGCUUUUGUGGGUUGAGCCAGAUGGGCAGAAUAGUUGGGAGGUCAGGCAGCAUGUCUAAGUGGGGUCCCCACAUGAUGUUGGGCUACAAUGCCCGCCCCCCACACACAGCCCCCCCCCCGUUGCCUUUGUCUGAGCCUAUCCUAGAGAGGCGUCUAUAAUAAAACACACACUGGCCCAAA